GGCUUAUGAAGUUUGGUUAUGCUUUUGCUAUUUUAAGGUAAUAUGCCUCCAAAGGCAUCGAAAAAGGCGGAACCCAAGGGAGGUAAGGCUCCCGCAGGAAAGAAGAAGGAAGGAUCCGGAAAGGCCAAGAAGAAGAAGUGGUCUAAGGGAAAAGUUAGGGAUAAGCUCAACAAUAUGGUUCUGUUCGAUCAAGCCACAUACGACAAGUUGUACAAGGAGGUUAUCACCUACAAGCUGAUCACUCCAUCAGUGGUAUCAGAGCGAUUGAAAGUCCGAGCAUCUCUCGCAAAGGCUGGUCUUCGCGAAUUACAAGCUAAGGGACUAGUGAAAUGCAUUGUCCACCACGGAGGUCAGAUCGUGUAUACGCGAGCUACCAAGGAGGCAGAUGUCAUUGUUGAGUAA